AUGGCUGCGAAGACGGACAGCAUGAACGGUGCACACGCGGGAACUGCCAGUGGCGCGAGUGUCCACGAUGCCGGCGACUCGAGAUUCCAGACAGACAACACCAUGUCCAGGAAACCACAACCGAAACAGCAACUCUCCAAAGCAAUGGAGCACAUGCGCUUCGCAGUCACAGUCGAUCCUGUUCCGCAUACUCCAGCUUGCACGCCGCCACCAGAGGCUCUGACGGCCACAUCGCCAGCCGCCCCCGACUCCGCCGAGAACGACGCUUAUGGAGUGCCUGCUUCUCUACAACCCGUGCGCGCCCCACCGUCUCGCUCCCACGACCCAGACAACAAUCAGAAGCGCAGCGAUCCCUUUGCGUUCGGUUCGCGCUACCUGGAGGAAGGCGACAACAUCUUCGAGUUCAACGCCUGGGACCACGUAACCGUCGACUCCAACUACCUCGCCUUUUCAGAAGAACAGUAUUCCAGACAACGGCAAGAGCCGGUUUCCGACUUUGAUCGCAAACGCUACAACGCACAGCCCGAGAAGUGGUGGAACCAGUUCUACAAAAACAACAAGACCAACUUCUUCAAGAACCGCAAAUGGCUGGCACAGGAGUUUCCUAUUCUAGAAGAACUGGGCGCCGAGGAUGGGCCAGAGGCUACGCUGUUGGAGGUCGGCGCCGGGGCAGGGAACAGCGCCUUUCCCAUCCUGCAGAGAAGUCAGAACCAGCGGCUGAAGAUACACGCGUGCGACUUCUCCAAAAAGGCAGUCGAGCUCAUCCGCAACCACGAACUCUACGACCCGGAGCGCAUACAAGCUGACGUCUGGGACGUGGCCGCCGCUCCCGACUCGGAGAACGGCGGGCUCCCCCCAGGUCUGGCUGAAGGCAGCGUAGACGUUGUGCUCAUGAUCUUCAUCUUCAGCGCGCUGAGUCCCAAGCAGUGGGACCAAGCCGUCCGCAACAUCUGGCGGGUUCUCAAGCCGGGCGGCCAAGUCCUCUUCCGCGACUACGGCCGCGGCGACCUCGCCCAAGUCCGCUUUAAAAAAGGCCGUUACAUGGAGGAAAACUUCUACGUCCGCGGCGACGGUACGCGCGUCUACUUCUUCGAGCAGUCUGAACUCGAGGAUAUCUGGGGCGGCGCCAGAAAACGCGAUACUACCAUUGGCAACGUGGCGGACACCACCAUAUCCCAAACCGAGGCCGAGGGUGUCAUCGCGGAUAAGAUGGAGAGUCUGUCUCUCCACGAUCCUGGCAUGCAGACGAGAGAGCAGAGCCACGAUGACGUCAACGAUCUGGACACUCCCAGGCCGGGUUUUGAAAUUGCGCACAUUGGCGUCGACCGACGGAUGCUGGUCAACAGGCAGAGGAGGCUGAAAAUGUAUAGGUGCUGGAUGCAGGCUGUGUUUCGCAAGGCAGGCAUGGAGAGCGAGGUGCCAACGAGCACGCUGAGGCAGGACAAAGAAGACGCUGCAGAGGAAGAGGAAGAGGGGCAGAGUGGCGUGGGAAAGGAGGAUGCAGUGGAAGGAGGGGGCGUUAAGGUUUGA